ACGUCCCCACGCUAUUUGUAGCCGCGCCCCUCCUCCCUCCUUAUCCUCCCAGUGACUCAUCACCCUCCCCUCCUCCUCCUCCUCCUCUCUCCCUUUAUAGCCGCUGCGCCGCGUUUGAUCCUCCAUCGCCAACGCACCAGCACAACCGAUCGCUGAUCUCAGAUUACCUGCUGCUUCUCUCCUUCGUUCCUUGGUUUGGUCUGCUCUGAUCGGCAUGGCGACCCAGAUGGACGCGUACGUGAUGUUCCGCCGCGCCGCGGAGAUGAUGAUGGUGGCGCCGCCCGGGGCCGCCUACGACGAGCAGGACGAGGACAUCGGCUCCGCGUCCGACUCCGAGUGCACGUCGACGUCCUCCUCCUCCGACCUCGCCGACGACGCCAGCUCCUCGUCCUCCUCCUCCAGCUCCGGUGACCACUUCGAGAUGUCCGCCCUCAUGACGCAGCUCCCCAUCAAGAGGGGAUUGUCCAUGUUCUUCGACGGCAAGUCGCAGUCGUUCGCGUCGCUGGCGGCCGUGGCCUCCCUGGAGGACUUGGCCAAGCCGGCCAAGAAGCGCCUCAAGCCGUCGCGGAGCUGCGAGGGCGGCCUGGACGCGCACCGUGGCAGGUUCCUCUCGCCGCGCCGGCAUUGCUCCAAGGCCGCCGCCGCAAGUAAGGCGUCCGCGAGGGCCGCCCUCUCAGUGCUCGGCACCUCGCCGAGGACCGCGAGGCUGGCCGCCAACUCCCUCAUGUUUAGCUAGGUUCUGUACCACUGUUAGGUGUUCGUGUUCUUCGUAGAGGGAGAUGUAUUAGGAUCCCAUAAUGGAAAUACCAUCCACCUUCAGCACAUUUGAAUCUGAGAAGUUGGGUUUUCAACAUCA